UUUGAUAUGCAUAUUCACGAUUUUUUUUUCUCAUUAAAUUUUGUCGACAAUAAUCCAAAUCAACGAUCGAAAAAUCAAUGAAAAUGUUUGGCCAUUUAUUACAAUUAGCUGCAUUUGCAUGCAUUGUAUUAAUGGUAUAUGGUCAUGAUGAAAAAGAUUCACGAAAAGAACCAUGGGUUUUUCAUCGACGAUCUAUGCCCUCAAUGACAAAACGAUCACCACCAGAAUCAUCACAACCAGAUCAAACGCAAAAACCAGAAUCGGAAGUGAAAAAUGAAAAAAAUAAACGUUAUCCAUUACCAAUUCCGGAACCAUCACCUUUACCGUUUCCAUUGCCAUUACCGAUUCGAAUUCCAUUGCCUAAACCAAUAAUAACACCAGUUCCAUUACCAUUACCAUUGAGAUUACCAGUACCAGAACCAGUGGCAUUACCGGUUCCAUUACCAUUACGUAUACCAUUACCAACACCACGAUUACGUCCAGUACCAGUACCAGUUCGAAUACCAAUACCAGUACCAGAAUUUAUUCCUGUACCACUACCAUUACCAAUUAGACUUCCAUUGCCGUUGCCAAGACCAAUACCGGUUCCAACACCAUUAUUACCUGGACUUGGUGCUCUUGGUUUACGUGAUGAACGACAACAAGUGCGUUCAGAACCAAAUGAAGAACAUAUUCCUACAAUGCAAAAACGUCGACCCAUUGAAUCCACACAACAGGAACAAGAAGAUCCACUAGAACAACAACAACUUGGUCAUAUGUCAAAACGUAAUGAAAAUGGCGAUAAAUUUAUGGAUAAUUUGAAUGACGAAUCAUUGCUUCGUCAUAAACAUAAAUUGAAAAUUCCUGUUGCAUUAGCAUUGCCAGUGGCAGCACCAGUACCAGUACCAGCACCAUUGCCAUUACCAUUGGCAUUACCUGCACAUCAUGGUCUACCAUUACAUCAUCAUUGAAUGUAAUAAUGAAAAAAAAACACAAAACAAUUGCAUCAAUCGAUGAAAACCAAAAAACAAA